AUGGAUAAGCUUCAACCACCGCCGCCAUUUUCCUUUGAAGGAAACGUAUCUCAUGGCUGGAAAAUAUGGGAAAAACACUUCAAUUUUUAUCUCACUGCUACUGAAUCAGAUUCAAAGAGCGAUAAAGUGAAAACCUCCAUUCUCUUAACCUGCAUUGGACCCAAAGGACGCGAAAUUUACGAGACAUUUACCUUCUCACAAGAAACUGACAAGCUGAAACUCAAGGUCGUAUUAGAAAAAUUCAGUGCAUAUUGUAAUCCUAGAAAGAAUAUCACUAUACUUCGCCAUCAAUUCUUUACCUACAGCCAACACGAAGGUCAGUCUUUCAACGAUUUCGUCAUAGAACUUAAGAAACGAGCCUCUGAGUGUGAAUUUGAGACUUUAGCUGAUUCACUGAUUAAGGACAUGAUUGUUUGUGGGGUAGCUGAUCAAUCCCUCCGUGAAAGACUCUUACGCGAUGCGGAUUUAACCCUUGCCAAGGCCAUUGAUGCCGGUAUUGCUGCAGAGGAAACCAAGCGUCACGCAAAAGAACUCGAAAAACAUCAACAAUCGUCAGAUAUUCACCAAGUUUAUCAUUCAAAAGAAAGAAAACUCAAAGAAUCUAGCAGAGCCCCUGAUGACGUCAUCAAGAAAUAUAAGUUUUGUAAUGGCUCCCACCAACGUGGCAACUGUCCUGCCUACGGGAAACGGUGUAGAACAUGCAACCGUAAGAAUCAUUUCGCUGUUUGCUGUUCCCAAAAAUCUGUCAAAUGUGUUACUGAGCAGGAUAAGUCCUCUGAUGAUGAAUUUUUCAUCGAUAUGGUUAAAGUCACUGAUACCAAUCAGAAUCUCUCAACUGAAGGUGAUGGUGAAAACACCCCAAUUCCCAAAUCCAUGCCAACCAAUGCUAGUCCCAAUGUUUUCACAGUUAACAAUACCAAAUCAGAUUGGUCUGUCACACUGGGCGUGAAUGGAACUGAUGUCAAUUUCAAGAUAGAUACUGGAGCCCAGUGCAAUGUAAUUCCAAAGCGCCUACUUUCCAACCUCUCACCUAGACCUAAGCUCAAAACAGCAAACGUCCAGCUCUCUGCAUAUAAUGGCACAACUAUCCCUGUUGCUGGUAAGUGCAUUGCUCAAGUCAAACACAGGAGACAAACAAUUCCCAUUCUCUUCAUGGUUGUAGAUUCAGACUCAGUCCCCAUACUAGGAUUAAAUACAUGUGACAAACUGAACUUGAUCAAACAAGUGUAUCAAAUUUCAGAGGAAGUGCAAUCUCAUACUCCUAUUGAGGAGGAAUUCUCUGACUGUUUUGGAGAAAUUGGAUGUUUGAAGAGAACACAUCACAUCGAACUAAGAGAUGAUGUGAAACCUGUAAUCAUUCCUGUCAGACAAGUACCCUUUGCUCUAAAGCCAAAGCUCAAAGAGGAAUUGCAACGUAUGGUUGAGCUCAAUGUUAUUGAACCAGUCGAAAACCCAACCGAAUGGGUCAACGCCUUAGUCAUUGUCUCCAAACCAAAUGGCAAGCUGCGGAUAUGCUUAGAUCCUCGACCCCUAAAUAAAGCCAUAAAGAGGCAACACCACCGUCUACCCACCACCGAAGAAAUAAUCUCUGAAAUGUCAGGUGCUCG